UAUGCAAUUAUGGACACGAUGUGCCGUUUGCAUAACCACUGUGCAGUGCACCCCGAGAGCUUGUAGCGUUCAAAUGCGGCGUCAGUCUCUCGAGAAGCUUGAGGAUGCGUGCGGUUCGCUGUGGCAGCCAACGGGAGCAAUAACUUUAAAAGUAAAGCGCAACCUACUGGCAACGGUUUAUAUGAGGCGUUUUUGUGCAAUGCGUGCUGUGUGCUUUUAGAGUAAUAUCGCGGUGAAACAUAAUUGCAAGUGAAAUUAAAUUGAACAAAAUUCGGGCGUGUGUGUAAAAAAAGCUGAGAAAAACGUUUUUACGAACAACAAAAAGGACGCUCUUGGCCAAGCAAGUCCAGGCACCGAAAGCCGCGUCCCGGAGCAGCAGUAUCUUUUUGACAGAUGAAUGCAAAGCAAGACGUUGAUCCCGGGCUCCGGGCAGCAGCAGCCUCCGGACGACACCGGCUGCAAAGAAAUAGGGGAACGCACACACACACACACACAUGCAUGCACACACUGCCCCUGCAGCCUUGCCAUCACGCUCAAGGGCCAUCCUUUGUGGUGAGGUUGACGAAUGUGGGGUUAAUUCGAUGGCAAUAGUGAAGGCUUCCUCGAGAACGAGACUGCAGCCUCCCUGGAGCCUGCUUCGAUCCUUUAGCGAGGCUUGCUACUUGUGCUGCCUCGCUCUAACAACCCGCGCAGCCUGGGCAUUGAUGGUACGGCAAGUGUGUCAGAGAGAAAGAGAAGGAGAAGCACGAGAAAUCAGUUUCGGACCUGGAGAAAGUACGAGGUGCGGAGCGGCUUUCACGCUGGAAUGAGCCCGAACCAGUGUUUUGAAGUGUGUAGUUUUUCCUGCAAGGUUUCGCCGUCCAUGGUUGCGGAAGAGUUAAAGUGAAAGUGUUGAAUUCUUAAUGCAGUGUGUCUCUACAGUGUCUCUCCGCACAAUAAUUGCUACGCUUCGUUCUCUUGGGCGCGCUCUACAAAAAGAAAAAGAAGUGUGUUUAGUUUUUAGCAAUUUGUUUUAUAUAAGUGUAUUUGUUGUUUUUUUCUGUUUUGUUUGUGCAAAUAAGAAACCACGCCAAACAACCUUUCGGUGGCCAUCACUGGCUAGUAUAACAUAGUGUCGCCCUUUCCGUGUUCCGUGUUCCUCGACUCGUGUGUUUACUGUGUGAAUUUACGGAAAGUGAGUGGAAAAUACGCUCAGAAUCCUGUCGCAAUUUGCCCUCCCCUUCGGCGCAGUUCUUUCAGCUAAUCUCACCCACCCAGACGUCAUUCGCCAUUACGGUAAAGCCUCCGGGCGGCACAAAAACCACGUUCACCAUAAUCAUCUCAUCACCGUCAUCAUCAUCAUAGCGCCACAGAAUAUUUGCCUUUCGUUUCUCGCCGACUGCUGACCGAGUGACCGAUAAACGGAGCGGCGAAGAGGAGAGGCCGCACAAACCGCCGUGAAAAUCAAAUCCAAAAAUCGACAGCAGCAGGGGGCCAGUUUUCUAUUGCGCGGUGUGCUGCUCUAUUGGCACCGUAAUCAUCAUCGCCCGGCGUCGUCAUCAUCAUCACCAUCACCACACGAUAGUGGCUUGGGGCAAUUACGGCGGUGGAAAACAGGCCCAUUGAAGGGAAGGGUAAAAGCAUCACACGCAUCACCUCCACCACCACCAACACCACCGCUACUGCCCAGAGUGAGUUGAACGAGCGAAUGGACGAGCAAACGGUGCUUUUGCUCACGUGUUAGGGGAGCAAUAAAGAAAAAAACGCUCUCGGUCGUAUGAAAUGGAUACGCUCUAGAACACAUUGGCCAGAAGAACCGUAUGCUAAGCGGUGCAUCCUGUGCUGGAAGAAAUUCCCAGACAGGGCUCGUUGGUGUCAUCUGUCACCGGAAAUCAAAAAAUGCGUCCACCCGCAAGGCGUCGCUGAUAAUACGAUCAUGUUGGAGCGCCGGCCAGGACCAGUGCUUGGCGCGCUGGCUUGUCUGAUGCUCAUGCUGACGAUAUGGCAGAUCUCACCGCGCGAGCUCGAGCAAAAGCUCCCGUACGAUAGCGAUGACGAGAGCAGCUACAACGCCAUCGAUGCACUGCCACCAGGCGUCGUCGGUUACGCAGGCAGAGAGCUCAACAGCCAUGGUGGCACCAGUGGCACAUAUCUGACCAAUCAAACAUCGCCCGGCUGGCUGGUGGCGGCUGCCGUUGCCGCCGUUGCUGAGUCUCCGGUCGGUACGCGCGACACCGUCACACCGAGCAGAGUGCGAUGGAGCGGCCGGGGCAGGGUGCGUGGCCGAGAGGAGGAGACGGAGCUAGUAUCGCUGGAAGCACCAACGGUUGGCAGCAGCGGUAGCAGCAGCAGCAGCAGUAGUAGCAGCAGUAGUACACAGUCAACAGCAUCGUUAACAUUAGCUAGUUCGUGGGGAGGAGACACGUUGCCAAAUGAUGACUACACUAGUCUGAUCGAUCUGAAGAACUUUAAGUUCACCAUCAACCACGAUUACUGCGGGACGGGGACGGCGGGCAGCAGGAGAAGACGUAGCCUUAAGCGUGCCGAUGCCUUAUGGGGUACGCGUUCGCCGGGGAGCGGCGGUGCGUCGGCACCGCUAGUGCUGGUGCUGAUCCACUCGGCCCCGGACAAUCUGGCCAAGCGCAACACGAUCCGGGCGACGUGGGGCCAGCCGGAGGCGCGGGCUCGUCUGAUCUUUCUUAUGGGCGCAGUGGGCAGUGCCGCCGCACAGCGCGCUAUCGAGCGGGAGUCCCGCCUGCACGAUGACAUUGUGCAGGGCAACUUCGUCGAUGCGUACCGCAACAUGACGUACAAGCACGUGAUGGCGCUGAAGUGGUUCGCGUAUCACUGCCCGGGCGCACAGUACGUGCUCAAGACGGACGACGAUGUGUUCAUCAACACGCCGAUCCUGUACAAUGCGCUGCAGCGGGUGGUGCCGCAGCGCAACCUGCUGCUCUGCCAGCUGGUGACGAAGCUGAGCGUCAAGCGGACGCACCGGUCGAAGUGGUUCGUCAGCUGGCGCGAGUACCCGAACCGGUACUAUCCGCCGCAUUGUCCCGGGUACUCGAUCCUCUACUCGCCCGAUGUGGCGUGGCAGCUGUACCGGGAGGCGCAGCGGCAGCCAUUCUUCUGGAUCGACGAUGUGCACAUUACCGGCACGGUGGCACAGCAGGUGAACGUCACCAUCACGCCGAUGGAUGGGCUGUAUCUGGACAGUGAGGCCAAGAGCGAUCUGCUCGGUCACCGGGUGGACGCAGGCCGGGCGGUGUUCUUCUUUACCAACCCGAACCUGUCGCUGGAUGAGAUCGAUAGGCUGUGGGAAGCGGUUCGUCCUCGGCGAUAGCAAGCACAGGGUUGACGGGGAAGAGACAACAAUCCCGCGUACUGCUUGUGAUAAGACCCACGAGGGUUGCGUCAUGAGCAAAUGGAUGUUACUUCUGCCUCUUAGUCGUCUCCAUGUGUUAGUCGCCUUUUCUUUGAAUCUUUGUUUUACUUCGUUAUUUACUUUUUUAUGUAGUGAGUUAUCGUUUUCCUUUUUACUGUCGCAAUUUUGUUGUACAUGAUUUUCUUAUAAGCUGUAAAGUUUUUUGUGGCUAUCUCGAGUCUUUCUUAGUGAAUUAUUUUCUCUUUUUUAAAGCGAUCCUCAACUAUCGGCCCUUCUUUCACUGUCGUAAAACAUACAUUUGCUCAUGUACGCAUUCAAGACGAGAUGAAAGUACACGAAAGAACCGCAACCAUGUUGUGCAUGCUAGGCCGUGUAGUGACAGCAUCUAAACCAAAACCAGUAAUGGAUAGUGUGGGCAGCAGAUCGAAGAUAAACCCCCGCAUAGAGAUACUUCUUUGAAUUAGUUAACGCAACCGAACGCUCAAAGAUCUUAAUAGGAGAGAUAGUUAAAACUCACUAUGUAUGUAUAAUAUUUAGAGAAUAAUUGAAAGCCAUAUAUAUAUAUAUAUAUAUAUAUAUAUUUGUAAACCGUAAGACUCGCACAGCUAUAGCUAGGGAAAGGAUACGUGCGCGUUCCGGACGCAAGACAGACUGUGUGAUUAACUAUAAGCAGAAACGGUGUGCACAAAAAACAAAUAGGAACAAUUACUACUUAGCAACAAAGAGUGUCGACUGUUUAGAAAAGCUAGGCCUGUAGCAUGAAACCCUUAAUGCUGUACGGUGUUCGAUGCGAAUUGAUUAUGCUCACUCUGCGAACAAUCGUCCGUUGGAAGGUUCUUAGUAGCACAAUGCAUUGCUAGGGAAAACAACGUUAACAUGAAACACGACCAUCAGCUCACUAGCAUAACAGUGGAACCAAAUUAUGGAAAACUAUUUUCAAGAAGCAAGCGUCCUGUGUUGUACAUAAACAAAGUCAAUCCGAGAGCUUCGUUCUGUUGUUGUUGUUUUGUGAUUUUUGUGAUAAGUGGCAGGAUUAGGUUUUAUUGUGCAAGGCUGUAUUAUUUUAAAAGCGCACUUACCUGCAAACGGAAUUGAGAAUGUCGUAGCGUUUCGGGAGCCUACUGUAUUGGCCUAACUAUUCCACUAUUUGCUUAGUUUUUUUUGGUACGAGGAGCAGAAUGUCAAUUUAAAUGAAAAUGGAUGUUUUAUGUUUAAGUAAUCUUUUGGUGUAAGCUUUUGAAGUGUUUUUUGUUUCAAAACCUAAGAACUUGAAGGAGUAAACGACUAAGUGUAGAGCAGGAAGCACGACCGAUUAUUAGGAUGCACUACACGGGUAGCAGAAAUGAAAAUCAAACACAUAAUUCAAUCUGAUUCUCCUGUUCCAGUUUUCUUCUCAAGUAAUACAACUCAUGCUAGGCUCCAAGCUCACCGUUUCCGUAGCUUAAUGUUAAUAGGCGCCUGGAAAGGUGCGAUUGCGCUAAAACACGACAAAAAACUUAUAUAUGUAGAUAAGCAGGAUAGGUUUCCGGCAGUUUUUCUAUUCCAUUUCCUUCUUUCCAGCGAGAACUGAGUACAAUCUAAAUUCUACAAAAUAAAAUAAAAACCAUGCGCGUUUACUCGCCCUUUCUGAAAAGAGUAACUGCUCUAGACCGAGCGUUUUGCAGCGCACGAAGUAGGACGAAGUAAAAAUCUUCCAAACGUUGUUUCGUAGCAUUUCGAUUCUCUAGCGCUAAAGUAAACGUAUCGCCGUACGCACUAUCCGGACACUGGACAUAGCAGUGACGUAGGGAGUCUGUAAGGAGUGGAGGUCAGGAACGGUGAUGAGAAAUCUUUAUUCUGUACGUUUUUCCAUUAAAACUAAUCAGAAGGUUUAUAUGGGGCGAGCCCCUGUGUACCGUUUCUAGCAGUCUUGUAGAAAAAAUCUUAGCGAUCCUGUUCCCCUAAUUCGUGUUGCAAUAUUAUUCGUUUUCGAAAUGCGAACUAAAAGAGAGAUAGACAGAGAGAGAGAGAGAGAGUCGGAAGCAAGGGAAUAUGUUGUCAUUCUAAACAAACAAAACAAGAGCAAAUUUAUCUAAAACAAAAUAAGAAAUUAACUAAUCGUUAACGUAGCUAGACAAAAUCCUCUAUUUCUUGUUAGUGUAGCAAAAAGAGGAGCGCGGUCGAAGAGAAGCGGAAAGAGUGUAGUAAAACGAAAACGAUAUUUAAAUUGAGUGGAAAACAUUUUUUGGCCCCGGUGGGCAACAACUGUGAAGAUGUUGAUAUAUUUUAAAGUGUUUAUCGCGCAAAUAGGUGGGCAAAAUAAAUGGCUGACGGAUCUAUAGAAUAUUGAACAGGGACUGAGCAGCAGCAGACAAAAGAAGAUCACCCCCGGAACUGUAAUCUCCUUUUUUUGCAAUGUGUAACGACGAGUGGUUGCAGAGUAAAGAGCAAAUCUGAAGAAAAGUAAAUGCGAGCAAAGGUAA